AUGCAUCAUGAUACUAGUAAUACUGGUAAUACUGGUAAUACUGGUGAUACUAGUAAUACUGGUAAUACUGGCAAUACUGGUGAUACUGGUGAUAUUGGUGGUACUGGUAAUACUAGUGAUACUAAUACUGGUAAUACUGGUGAUACUGAUGAUACUGAUGAUACUGGUGAUACUGGUAAUACUAGUGAUACUGGUGAUAUUGGCGAUAUUGGCAAUACUGCACCAAAGCUAACUGAUCGUGAACAAGUUCACAGUCAAAAUUAA